UCUCUGAGAGCGUCUCUAGGAUACACCGGGGUGACGUCAGACGCAGGCCGGGCUCCCCGUGUGUGAGUGACGCUCUUAGAAAGUUUGCAGGGAGGGGCCGGCGGGGGGAUCGGAAAGUUUGGAGAGUUUUGGCGGCGGAGGACCCGGAUUUCUCCAUGAAGAAGAGAAAGUUAACAGAAGGGGUGCGCUGCUCGGCUCGCCAGAAGGCCAAAAAUCACUCCGCGGAACAGAACUCCGACAGCGAAGCUGAAACCCGUCCGGCUGACAAGACUGCGGCGAAAGGCUGCACGGCGGACAGCAAUGGGGCUCCUUCCAAAAACCGUACCAGUGACCAGAACAGGAGGCUAGCUGGCAAAAAAGCUUCCGGAGCCCAGAGUCGGUCUGCGUACGGUGGUCGGAGCAGGAGGUGCCCGAAGGUAAGAGUCAGCGCCCGCCUUAGCAGCCGCCAAAUGUCCAACGGGAACGAUUAUGCUUCCUACCACCGAUUGUCAGAUGACAGUAGGGACAGUUUGGUGUUUGCAGACCUGGCGAAUCCAGAAAAGAAAGGAGUCUGUGGAGACAACAACCCGUUCAUCGAUGAAGACAGUAACCAGCCCAUGCCGCUGGGGAGAUUCUUUGAAAAUGCGGACCUCAUGCAGGACUUACCACCGGUGGCCACAUCUUGCGCUUCCAUGAGCAGAAGAGAAUUAAGGAACCUUCACUUCAGAGCUAAAGAGGACGAUGAUGAUGAUGAAGAGGACCUGAAUAGGACUUUGCUACGUGCCUUCCGAGACACGGACCCUGGGUGGACCUUCUGUCAUUGCCUUGUGACAUGACCUACAAAACUGGUCAAAACCAAAGUGCUUUUCUAUAUUCCAAGGAGCCCCCUCUGCACUGGUUGGUUUUUUAGCAGUUCCGUUGUUUAGCAUUGGGAUCCUUGGAGCUGCAAAACAUUCAUGCUGCCACCACCUACGUAACCUUAACAGCUGUGAUAUUCCCUUCUGUGGGAGUGCCGUCAUCUCCAAAGUUUCUGAUGUCAGGCCUGGAGGAGAAACCCAGACACAGUGACAUGUAAUUUAUAUUAAAUUGUUUUAUAUAU